AUGUACCCUCCCGGAAUGAACACGAGCUCUGUGGUGACAGAAUUCCUCCUGCUGGGUUUCUCUGGCCCCUGGAGGCUCCGUUCUUUCCAGUCUGGGAUUUUCAUGGCGGUGUACCUGGCCGCCCUGGCAGGCAACGGGCUCAUCGUCACUGUCACAGCCCUGGACCCCCACCUGCACACUCCCAUGUACUUCUUUGUGCGGAACCUGUCCCUGCUGGACCUGUGCCUCAUCUCGGCUGUCGUGCCCAAGGCUGUGGUCAACGCUCUGACCCGCAGGGACUCCAUCUCCUUCCUGGGCUGUGCCACCCAGGUCUUCAUGGUGCUCUUCUCAGCUGUGGUGGAACUGUUCCUCCUCACAGCCAUGUCCCUGGACCGAUAUGCAGCCGUCUGCCACCCCCUGCACUACGAUGGCAUCAUGACCAGGGCCACCUGUGCACAGCUGGUGGCUUUGUCCUGGCUCAGUGGUGCUUUCAUAUCCCUCAUACACACGGCUGAAGUCUUCUCCUGGUCUUACUGUGACCUCAACGAAAUGCACCAGUUCUUCUGUGACAUCCCCCAGCUGCUAGCCAUCACAUGCUCAGAGAACGUGAUGACAGAAAUGGUGCUCAUUUUCACGAAUGCUGUCCUGGACUUGAGCUGCUUUAUCUGCAUCAUCGUCUCCUACAUCUACAUCUUCUCCACAGUCAGGAAGAUCUCGUCCAGCGAGGGGCAGUCCCGAGCCUACUCUACCUGCCUCCCACACCUGGCAGUGGUUGUGCUCUUCCUCUCCACGGCCUUCAUUGCUUACCUGAAACCUAUCUUCGGGGCCCCAUCAUUUGCUGACCUCGUUUUGUCUUCUUUCUAUGUUUUGCUGCCCCCUUCCCUCAACCCCAUCAUCUACAGCCUAAGAAAUAAAGACAUGAAGGCAGGUUUGAAGAAGCUGAUCACUAGAAAGCUCCUAACGAAAGAGAAUCUCCUGGUUUUUCUUCUUUCAGAAUAG